AUGGUUUUGAAGAUCAGAGGAUUUAAAGUGAAGGAGUGGGUAUAUACUGAGAGUAUUACAAACGAGAGCGUCAUAAAGGAUGAAGGCAGAAAACCUAAUGAAAUGGCAAUCAUAAAAGAAGCCGAGGAACAGAAGGUUCUGGGCGUUGUGUGGGACCCGGCAUCAGAUGAAAUGAAGUACAAGGUGAAGCCGGUUCACGUAAAAGAUAAACAGAUAUUGACGAAACGAAUGGUUCUAAGUGAAUUGGCCAGGGUCUAUGACCCGAUUGGGUUCACCGCUGCAUUUCUCAUUCGAGGAAAGAUCUUGAUGCAAAAACUAUGGCAGAGGGGUAUUGACUGGGAUGAUGACCUACAGGCAUCUGAGAAAUCCGAAUGGAGAAAGUUCUUCCUGGAGUUGGAGCAUUUAGAGGGGGUGUCAUUCCCAAGAUGCCUCAUGCGAAAACCAGUGCCUGUUGAGCUUGUAAUUUUCUGCGAUGCUUCAGAGGAUGCCUUUCGUGCUGUCGCAUAUACCAGAUGGGAAGAGAGUGAAGGAAUCUUUGGUGUAAGGUUCCUAUCUGCCAAGUCCCGUGUAGCUCCACUGAAAUGUUUAUCCAUACCACGGUUAGAGUUGCAGGCGGCUGUCAUUGCAUCUCGGCUUUGCGGCACCAUAAGGAAGGAGAUGUCAGUAGACUUUGAAAGUGUUGUAUUUCUAUCAGAUAGUAUCAUUGCAUUGUCUUGGAUCCGGGGCCAGUCCCGACAGUAUAAGACAUUUGUAGCCAAUAGAGUCUCGGAAAUUCAGAGCAGUACAGACCCUUCAGAGUAG